UAUCAGCGUGAAAUGGACUCCAAAUCUGUUUUUAUGUUUGGGAUUCUGCUGUUUGGAACAGCUGUGCUCUCUGCAGGAGCCUCAGCAGCGCCCUUUAUAGUGAAGGUCAAUGACAAGAGUCCGGUGGACAUCACGUGCAAAAUCCAAGGCUCGGGUCCGACUGUGGUCUGGUUCCGAGUCCCAGACAAGUCUAAUCUGGAGUACAUCGCGUCUCUAUCCUCUGUGAACCCCGUGGUGAAAAAGGAAGGUCCGGUAUUCCAUUUCUUCAGCACCGAAAAGAUCUCCGCCCAUAUCCUGGUCCUGAAAGCCUUCAACAGGAGUGCAGAUGCUGGACUCUACUCUUGCUUGUCUCAAAACAGAGACAUGAUGUUUGGAGGAGUCACACGCCUCCAACCAGCAGAGGACCCUCCAACCACUGUAAAGACCACCAUCACAAAGAAACCUGAGCCCCCAACCCCCAACCCCUGCACCUGCCCCACUCAGCCAGUGUCCGUGGGCCAGAUGCAGUGCUCCGUCCUGAUUUUGGCACCCCUUGCUGGAGUAUGUGGGUUACUACUACUGACACUACUGUGUACUGUCCUCUACUGCAACAGCGUGCGCACUCGCAGAUGUCCUCACCAUUACAAGAGAAAGCCUCGGAUGCCGGCUCCAGGGAAACAAACCAGCGGCUACAUUUAAAACAGGACUUUACCUGAAAGUGUUUGACCCUUGUUUCCAUUAGAGCACGCACAAUGUUUCUUACACUGUAGAUUCCUCAUUCUUAUCUGAAACAUACAAAAUAAAACUGUAAAUAAUAUUUGAAUUUUUGUUUGCAAAUUUUGAAAUGCCAGAUUUCAUACUUAAAUGUAAAAUCAAAACUCCAAACUCUGAAACAAAUCAUUUCUGUGGGUUUUG